GGCUGUCUCAUAUGCUGUGACACCAACACCCAAAACGCAAAGAUGUCUUCCCACAGGGUGAAAGUGGCAUGUUGGGAACAUGAAAGAUGUUAUUUGUUGGCUGCUGAGUUGAUCAGGUCUCCCGGCUACUAGUGCUGACCGCCAGCCCAGCCAGCCCCAACAUCCUUUAUUUAAACCACUCAAAUGGUGUCGUUGACCUUGCUUUCCUGAAACCUCGAAACACCUUUUCAUGAUGGAAGGCUUCGGCGAAGUGUUCCUUGCGCGACCGGAAUACCAAGUCAUCAGUGAGCUGGUACAGAAUCCUGAUGUCUCACCAGCCGAGGCAGUCCAAAAUCUGCUUCGGGUGCGCGAGGUCUUACACAAGGAGGGAGGGGAACCCCCGACUGAGAUCGAUGGCACACACACAUGGAUUGCCAUGGUCACGGUUGUGAAAAUUGUGAAUCUUACUCCAGCUGCGCAGCAGCACAAGCUUAUCGAAUUCAUUGUCCAUCUUCAACGCACCAAGAUUGUCGAUCCUGACACGGGCGAAGAGCCAACGUCAGUGGGCAUGAAGUUAUGGACUGAACUCCCCUAUCUCGGAGUCUACUUGAGGGAUAUGUAUUCUUUCACAUACGACCCCAAGUACGCCCAGCAGGUCGACGAUGAUCCCCGGAUGGAGUAUCCUCCACGCGAACUCCAGGAGUGGGAGAAUCGCAAUGCGUUUAUGGCGCAGCUGACCUCGAAAGCGGACCAUCUCGGCCAUGCCAUUGACGCAUCACUAUAUGCGCUGUGGGCGUGUCGAGAAACGUUUGAGGAAUGCGAUCCGUUGGUGGAAGAGGCCGUGCGCAUUUCAUGUAUCUGGUAUAUCUAUGCCGGUCAGCGAAUGUGGGAGAACUGUCAGGUCCAACGAACAUUCGGGGACGCUGAUGAUCCUCCUCCGCGACCGCGCUUCACAAUGGAGAAGUGGCAUCUUUGGAAGAACGGCUUGAAGGCGGCACAGCUUCAGUUUACUCGGGUUAGCACGCAAGAGAUGAUACAGAAGGCGUUGGCAGAGAUUGAGAAAGCGGAACGUGGGGGAUAAGAUUGCCCUUAUAUCCAGUCGUGGAGUUUGAGAUGUAUUUAGGUCGAAGUACUGAUCACUUCAGAUCUACUGUUACUAGUGGCCAAGUAUAACAUGGAG